GUGACACUUCUUCAUUUUCUGUUGUGACCAACACAAAAGCAUCAUGCUCACAAGUAUUAGAUGGUGUGCCUGACGCUGUUAAUGGAGCUAUUGUUUUGUCUCGUAACAAUAUAUCAUCAACUACUUAUUACUAUGGAACAAUUAGAGUCUAUCAUAAUGGAUGGGGGAACAUUUGUGAUGACUACUAUUAUAAUUCAGCUGAAGCUAAUGUCAUUUGUCAUCAGCUGGGAUACACUGGAUAUUCUAGCUACUCUAGAGCUGGUCGUGUCAGUUAUGGUACAGACUAUCUUUCUAUGAAAUGGGAUGAUGUUAACUGUGUCAGUAGCAGCUAUUUAUCUAUUGCUCAAUGUACCUACUCUACUAUUAUUGAUUAUGGUUGUGUUAACAGUAACAGUUAUGAUGCUACUGUAUACUGCUAUACCACAAGGAUAUGGAACAGUAGUCCAUUCCCUGGUAUGGUACGUCUUCAAGAUGGAGAUUAUUCUAAUGAAGGACGUGUUGAAGUUUAUUGUAAUGGACAGUGGGGGACAAUAUGCAGUGAUGGGUUUGACUCUACUGAUGCCAACACUCUCUGCAAGCAACUGGGAUAUGAUGGUUAUGACAAAUUUAAUCACACCUCAAGAUUUAAUGACUCAAUUCAGCCUAUAUGGAACACUAACAUGUAUAGUACAGCAAGUCAUAGGUGCUUUGGUUCUGGAAACUCUUGUCCAUUAGCUUCAGUGACCAACUGCUCUCAGUUGAAUGAUGUUACACUUACAUGCAGCUCUGUUUCUAAUGGAGCACUUAUUUUAUCUCGCAGCAACAUACAAUCACCUUCUUAUUAUUAUGGAGUAGUGAGAGUGUAUUAUAAUGGAUGGGGUAACAUAUGUGAUGACUACUCUUACAGUUACUCUGAAGCUAAUGUCAUUUGUCAUCAGUUAGGAUACACUGGAGUUUCAAGCUACUCUAGAGCUGGACUAACAAGCUAUGGUACAGACUAUGUUUCUAUGAAAUGGGAUGAUGUUAACUGUGUCAGUAGCAGCUAUUUAUCCAUUGCUCAAUGUACCUACUCUACUUACAUUGACAGUGGUUGUGUUAACCGUAACAGUUAUGAUGCUACUGUAUACUGCUAUACCACUAAAAUCUGGAACAGUAAUCCAUAUGCUGGUAUGGUACGUCUUCAAGGUGGAUAUUAUUCUAAUGAAGGGCGUGUUGAGGUUUAUUGUAAUGGACAGUGGGGAACAAUAUGCAGCACUGGAUUUAGUACAAGUGAUGCUAAUACUAUUUGUAGGCAGCUUGGAUAUGACUCUGGUUCAAGGAGAUAUGAUUCAUUAUAUGGCAAUACAAGUCAGCCAAUCUGGAGUACUAACAUGUACAGUACAUCAUAUGCUACAUGCUUUGGUUCCAGUAACAGUUGUCCUUCAAGCUCUAUCACUAGUUGCUCUCACUCCAGUGAUGUCUCAGUCACAUGCAGUGAAAUUUAUUCUACUACUAGAUAUACUACUACUUUAUCUAUUUGUUCUGGAUUAAUAUCUAAUGCUGGUUCUGCAGCCGCUGGUACAAUAGUUCUUUAUCGUAAUGGGGUUUCUUCAUCUUCAUACUAUUACGGCAUUGUGCAACUUUAUUAUAAUAGUAUAUGGGGUAACAUUUGUGAUGACAAUUAUUACAGUUCCUCAGAAGCUGAUGUCAUUUGUCAUCAGUUGGGAUACACUGGAGCUUCAAGCUACUCUAGAGCUGGACUAUCAAACUAUGGGACUGAUACUAAUCAAAUGAUAAUUGAUGAUGUGAAGUGUGUGGGUGCACUAACACCAAUUCCUAUGAUGCUACAGUCUACUGCU